GCCUCUGCCUUUUUCCUCCCACCCUCCUUCACCUGGCUCUUAAAGGGCCUGGCCUCUGACCGGAGGCUACUUAAGGCAGUGGCGGGCAGCAGCUGCGCUACGACUGCUCUGGGAGGAGUGGACGGGGCAAAAAUGCUGACCAUGACCCCUCACAGGCUUCUGCCACCACUGCUGCUAACUCUGUUGCUCGCUGCCCGCCCAGGAGGCGCCUUGGCACGGUGCCCAGGCUGCGGGCAGGGGGUGCAGGCGGGCUGUCCAAGGGAGUGCGUGGAGGAGGAUGCGGGGCUGCCGGCUGAGGGUUGUGCGGAAGCUGGGGGCUGCCUCAGGAGGGAGGGGCAGCCGUGCGGGGUCUACACCCCUAACUGCGCCCCAGGACUGCAAUGCCAGCCGCCUGAGGAAGAGGAGGCGCCUCUGCGGGCGCUGCUGCUGGGCCGCGGCCGCUGCCGGCGGGCCCGCACGCCCUCGGGGGAAAAUCCUAAGGAGAGUAAACCCCAAACGGGGACUACUCGUCAACAGGAUGUGAAUCGCAAAGACCAGCAGAGGAACCCAGGGACCUCUACUACUCCCUCCAGGCCCAAUCCUGGAGCUAUCCAAGACACCGAGAUGGGUCCGUGCCGCAAACAUCUGGACUCAGUGCUGCAGCAACUUCAGACUGAGGUCUACCGGGGGGCUCACACCCUCUACGUGCCUAAUUGUGACCAUCGGGGCUUCUACCGGAAACGGCAGUGCCGCUCCUCCCAAGGGCAGCGCCGAGGUCCCUGCUGGUGUGUGGAUCGGAUGGGCCAGCCUCUGCCAGCGUCCUCAGACAGCAAUGGAAGCUCCCCUUGCUCCACCGGGAGCAACGGCUAAGGCCAGGUGGGGACCCACAGGGCCACUGGCAAGAGCAUGGGGCUAUCAUCUUGCAUCAUUUAUUGAGUAAUGAGUAACUCAGGGGCCCUGAGCGCCAAACCCCACCUUCAGGCCCUGCCCCAUUGACCCUUCACCCCUGGGACCUCACACUUGGAAAGAUUGUUGGUGUUGGCUUGGAGUGUUAAUAAAGCUGUGUUGGGGUUCUCAA